AUGUCACUGAAACAUGCCAAGGAUCAGCCUCAAGGCUUCGUCAAUUACAUCAGAAGCGUCGCCAUUGUUGGGGCAAGCGGCCAACUGGGCCAACAUCUGUUAGAGCAUCUUCUCAAAGGAGGGAAGCAUUCAUUAACAGCUUUGACACGCAAAGACAGUGAUGCCACGUUUCCCGCCGGCGUCAAUGUCGCAAAGGUCGAUUACAAUGAUGAAGCGUCACUUGUUUCAACGCUCAAGGGCCAUGACUCUCUAGUUAUCACCCUCGCUUUCACUCCAGAUAUGGGUGAGAUACACAGCAAGAUUGUACGUGCAGCAGUCAAAGCGGGAGUACUGUACCUCAUACCAAACGCAUUCACAACGGAUGUUGUACUGGACAAUCAGUCCGUUGGGGAUGAAAUCGGCGUGGGUACCUUCAUUCGGAAACUCCUCAAAGAUAUUGACUCGAUCGGGUCGAUAUCGUGGACCCUGUUGGUCACAGGGCUUUGGUACGAGUUUAGUGUAGCGAGCCCUUCAGAUUGGCUGGGGUUUGAUCUGAAGGGACGCAAGGUGCAGAUGUUCGAUGAUGGCCGGCGUCAAAUCAAUAUGAGUACGUGGCCACAGUUAGGGCGAGCUGUGGCUGCUUUCCUGAGUAUGAAGAAGAUGCCUGACGAUGACAAAGACUUCUCGACAACCCUAGAAGUAUUUCACAAAAAGCCUCUGUACGUUUCGAGCUUUCUUAUCAACCAGCGCGAGAUAUUAGACAGUAUCGAGCGCGUCACCCAUACCACAGACCUCGACUGGGAUAUUACAUACGAAUCUACCUCCGAGCGGGUUGCGACUGGUAGAGACCAAUUCUCCAAAGGCAACCACCGCGGAAUGGCAAAAGCGUACUACGCUCGACUACACUACCCUGGACGCGAAGCAAUCUAUGAGCACAAAUUGCACAACGACGUGCUUGGAGUGCCAAAGGAGAACGUCGAUGAUGCGACCAUGGCAGCUCUGGAUAUGUCCCAGCAAGGAUGGUCGCCGGAUGGCCAGUAG